AGUCACCUACAUCUUGGAUGCCCUGGGGGUAAGCAGAUAAACAUCACAUUUUAAUUUUUAGGUGAACUAUCCCUUUAAUGUUCAAUGUUUGUCAUGUGACAACUAUAUCAUACUACUCUGAAACAAUAUUUGUUGCAUAUUGUAUACUAUUCCACACACUAUUCUUAAAAGAAUAGUAGACGGUAUUUAUUUAAUUAUUUUACCUUCAACUACAUUCAUUAUUGAUUAUACAGCUUACCCACUGGAUGUGAUAAGCACGGUUAUUUUUUUGUGGAAGGUUUGUGUGUUUAAGCGCGUUCAAGAACACCAACAACAGCGUUACAGUCCUAAUAAUGAGCAGAACCCGUGUGGUAAUAACAUGUAACCGCUGUCUGUCACACUGCUGUAUGUGCGCCACCGCAUAGCCUACAGAAACCCACGGCGGUUUAUUAAAAUGAUAUCUGCUCUGACAAGACAAGCAGGCGGCUGAUUGAUCAUUCUCCAUCUCUGAAUGAAGUCCUGCUCACACAGAGGCGAGAGGACGCGACUGCCAUUGGUGACACUGAGGAGACUAAAAUGGGAGAACAUCACUGGAGCCCUGUCAGUGAAGAGAGAGACACAAAGGCGACUGACAACCGACAGCCAUUCGAAAAGAGCCGAACGGAUGCUUUUCACUGAUCGUCAUACGGCGUGAACAGUGGCUAAACAGUCAUCAGACCUUCAGGCUGGUGUUGGUGAUAUCUGAAAGACUCCUAAUGUGUUAUCUCCCACAUUGUCUCUGUCAACAUGCCCACCUUUCCACCUCUGGGCAGUAACUCCAGCACAGUACCCUGGGACCCUGGCGCGCCCCUGGCGCCGUCUCUGGUGAACAGCACGGUGAAGAUGGUGCUCAUAUCAGCGAUCGUGUGCACGUCGCUUUUUGGAAACGUCGUGGUGCUUCUGGUAUUCCAGCGCAAGCCACAGCUUCUCCACGUCGCCAACCGCUUCGUGCUCAACCUGCUCCUGGCCGACCUUCUGCAGACGGUGCUGGUUAUGCCCUUCGCCAUCGCCGCCACCGUGCCCGAUGUCUGGCCGCUGGACUCCCGCCUGUGCCAGGCCCUCGUGGUGCUCAUGCACCUGUUCGCGUUCGCUGGCGUCAACACCAUCAUCGUGGUGUCCGUAGAUCGCUACCUGGCCAUCAUCCACCCGCUGUCCUACCCCACUCGAAUGACACCUCACCUGGGUACCAACCUGAUCGCUCUCACCUGGCUUCUCAGCGUGCUUCAGAGCACUCCGCCGCUGUAUGGAUGGGGAACCAUCGAAUUCGACCGCCGCCACAAUGCCUGCACUGUUGUGUGGUCCUCGAGCUACUCGUAUUCAGCACUGGUGUCCGCACUUUCGUUCUGGCUGCCUGUGGUGAUCAUGCUUUGCUGCUACUGGAUGGUGUUCAGAGCGGCAAGGCGGCAGAACGCUCUCGUUCACCCCAUCCAAUCCAACCCCCCUCCGGAUUCCCAAGCAUCCUGUUCCAGCCCCCAAAGGCAGCAGCCCCAACCAGAGGGGCCGUUUUCGGCCACUUACCCCAUCAGGACCCGCCACAGACGCUUCCACUAUCACUGUAAGGCGGCACGAGUGGUGUUUGUCAUCAUGGCAUCUUACCUGCUCAGCAUGGGCCCGUACAGCGUCCUGAGCACUAUAUCCAUUUACUCCAGCACAGCAGUGCCGCCAUGGUUGUCCUCGAUGGCGCUCAUUCUCUUCUUCCUGCAGUGCUGCUUACACCCAUACAUCUAUGGCUACAUGCACCGCAGUGUACGCAAGGAGUUCCUGGCGCUGCUCUGCGGGCCGCUCUGUGGGCAGGGACGGAUCAGUCAAGGCUCCGCCGUGGAUAGCUGCUUCACGGUGACAGACGGGCGUUUGGCGCACACCCACCUUUCAAGCCAGACUACCCGUGUGUGCCCUCUCCGAACCUGGGAGGAAGGUACAACGUCUUCGUCCCCUACAGAGAGGAGGUCUAAAGACAGCCGUAAGGAGACCACCUCCAUCAGUCUGAGCUCAGAGAAAGGAGCUCACUGUACACAGCAACACCAACAAGCAACCUGAGGAAACACCUAAAGGCAAAUUCUGAACAUAUUUCUGUCAGUGUUGAGGUAUAGCUGUUUUGUUUCUGCAUUGGGCACAGUUUGGUACUUUCAAAUCAAAUACUGUGCCUUUAAACACAAGCUAUACACUGUAAACAUACGUGUUAGCUAUGGUAUGGACCUACUUCAAAAACAAUAUUAUACAAAAAUGGCAACAGAAAAGCCUAACAAACAUAGUUUCUUGGCAGGAACUAUGGAGAUGCAUGUCAAUGAUGAUAGACUGUUUAUCUUUUAGUCAGAAGUUACACUACUGUUCAAUUUGUAAUAAAUUAAAUCAAAAUAAAUACUUCUAUUCAGCAAGGUUUAUACAAAAAUAUUAAGCAGCAAAACUGUUUUCAGCAUUGAUAAUAAUAAGAAAUGUUUCUU